GAUGAUGAAGGUGAUGACAGUGAACGAUGAUGAUGAAGGUGAUGACAGUGAACGAUGAUGAUGAAGGUGAUGACAGUGAACGAUGAUGGUGAUGAUGAAGGUGAUGACAGUGAACGAUGAUGAUGAAGGUGAUGACAGUGAACGAUGAUGAUGAAGGUGAUGACAGUGAACGAUGAUGGUGAUGAUGAAGGUGAUGACAGUGAACGAUGAUGAUGGUGGUGAAGGUGAUGAUGAAGGUGAUGACAGUGAACGAUGAUGAUGAAGGUGAUGACAGUGAACGAUGAUGGUGAUGAUGAUGGUGAUGACAGUGAAUGAUGAUGGUGAUGAUGAUGGUGAUGAUGAUGGCGAUGAGAGUAAACGAUGAUGAUGAUGACGGUGGACAAUGAUGGUGGUGUUGGUGGAGGUGAUGCGUAACAGAGCCUUCUUCUCAUAAACCCUCGGGGCCAACAGUCAAGACAGCUGCCAGUAAGUGGUUAAUGACUGAAACUUGUGAGCGCUGCCCAUAAAAACAGGUUAAUUUUUACUUGGCUGAAAAAAGUCCCACCUCCCCGCAGCAUAAAGAGCCGGCGGCCUGCCCCGCGGCGUUCGCCUCUCGUGUCAAGACGGCAGCAUGAGUCUGGGAGCGGAGCCCCUCAGCUGCCCGGCGCACGCCACCGUGUGCUCCGGCGCCGACUGCGUCUACCCCGCCAGCAACUUCAACGCCGUCCUGAGCGUGGUGCUGAGCACGGUGCUCACCGUCAUGCUGGCCAUGGUCAUGUUCUCCAUGGGCUGCACCGUGGACGCCCACAAGCUGUGGGGCCACAUCAGGAGGCCCUGGGGCAUCUUCAUCGGAUUCCUCUGCCAGUUCGGCAUCAUGCCCUUCACGGCCUUCGCCCUGGCGCUGGCCUUCAACGUGCUGCCGGUGCAGGCCAUCGUCAUCGUCAUCAUGGGCUGCUGUCCCGGAGGCUCGGGCUCCAACAUCAUCUGCUACUGGCUGGACGGAGACAUGGACCUCAGCAUCAGCAUGACGGCGUGCUCCUCCAUCCUGGCCAUGGGCAUGAUGCCGCUCUGCCUGCUCAUCUACACCGCCACCUGGACCUCAGCCGGCACCAUCCAGAUCCCCUACGACAGCAUCGGCAUCACUCUGGCCGCCCUCCUCAUCCCCAUCGGCUUCGGCAUGUACGUCAAGCGUCGGUGGCCGGAGAAAGCCAAGAAGAUCCUGAAGAUCGGCUCCUUCGCCGGCUUCGCCCUCAUCAUCAUCAUCGCGGUGGUGGGCGGAGUUCUCUACCAGUCGUCCUGGACCAUCGCGCCGUCCCUCUGGAUCAUCGGAACCAUCUACCCCUUCAUCGGCUUCGGCCUGGGCUUCCUCAUGGCCCGCUUCGUCGGCCAGCCCUGGCACAGGUGCCGCACCAUCGCCCUGGAGACGGGCUUCCAGAACUCCCAGCUGUGCAGCACCAUUGUGCAGCUGUCCUUCAGCCCCGAGGAGCUGGAGGUGAUGUUCGCCUUCCCCCUCAUCUACAGCAUCUUCCAGCUGGUGGUGGCCGUGCUCUUCGUCGGAGGCUACCGGCUGUACCGGCGGAAGUGUGGCGGCGGGCCGGGCCAGCGCCUCUCGCUGGAGGACGGAGAGGCCCAGAAGGAGAAACACCUGGAGGCGGGAAACACGGCCUUGGAUUCAGGAGACGUGUUCAAGAAAACCCAGCUGUGAGCCGCGCAGGCGUGGACUGUGACGAGCGAAGGCGCCUCCUGCGGGCCGAGAGUGAGAGGUGCAGGCCCCGCGCGCCUCUGCCUUGCUGUUUUGAGUUUAUUUAAAUGCCAUAUUGUUGUUGUUUUCAUACAAACUCCUGUUUGUGAUUCGUGCACUUUUGCUGUGACUUUAUUUAAAUCCAAGACAUUGGCCGUGUUUUUGAACUAGUUUCCAGAAAAUAAAGGUGGGAGCGCCUCUUUAGAACCCUUCCUCUCUCGUGUCCUCACAAAGAACCUCCAGCGACACUCGGACAUUCGUUGGUUUGUUUUUUCCAGCGUCAACAGUUGCGACAGCAGCAGCGCCACCUACAGGCACCUCUGGCGACAGCACGAGUCUGAACUGUGGCAGCACGGUUCCGUCAAGAGGAAGGGUCGCAGUGACGUCACAGUCAAGGCCGACGACAUCAAAGCCGCGGAAG